GGCUGUUUCAGUGACAUCAUGGUUUCUUUACGCCCUCUCACAACAACUUCCUGUUUGUUUAUCAUAAAAAGCAUCAAUGCUGCUGAUCUCUAUCAUAUUCACUUCACACAUUUUACAGAGACCGACAGACCGAGAGACCGACAGAGAGAAGCAGAGAGAGACAGAGAGAGACAGAGAACCAGAGAUCACGGUUUGAAAAUGAUAAAGUCUGUUGUCGUCGUUAUGUUUCUCAACAUGCUGCAUCUCGGCCUGGGCAACAACUUACGCACAGAGAUCCUGGAAGACCUGGAAAAGCUCACUCUGAAGAACUUCAAGUUUACAUUGCUGCCCAACAGAGUACCAACACAAGAAAUGGAGGAUAACGCACUGGAGUGUAAGUGCCAGGGGGUGUUUGCCACUCAGCUGAAGCGUGUGGUCAACAAGGUGAUGCCCCGGACCGAGGAACACAAACCACUUCUGAACAGACUGCAGAAGAACAUCCAGGCUCUGCCUCAGAUCUCUACCCAUGAGGAGGCCAGGAUCUGCCCCAUGAUGGACAAAAAGAUUCCCCAUUUACAGACGACAAUCGUUCUAAUGAAGUACAUAUUAUUCCUCCGGAACCUUAAUGAAAACGAAUGUGUGUGAGAUACUACUGUAUAGAUACAGUCAUUAGAUUAUCUCUAUAUCUUAUAGAUUGAUCUCUUUGGGUAAUAUGGCCCAUAAAUAUGCUGCAUCGCUCUUUGUGACAGAAGUAAUGAUUAUUUAUAGACCAUUCUCAGGUUUAGAUUGUUCAUGUAUUUUUCAAUGUACUACUUACGGAUUGGCUCACUAUGUUCAAGAAAAGGUAUUCACAAGUUGAGUCAUUUUUUAAAUGUAUUUAUUUAUUUAUUUAUUUCUUUAAACAAACAUAUUUAUUAGUUAAAUUAUUACUUUUUAAAUGUGUCUUGAAGAUUACAGUCCGUGUUCUUCCCAUGUCUGCUUGUAGACAGAAUAUAAACGUUUGGAAGUACAUAGUAUACUGUACUAUGUACUUCCAUGAUGAAAAGCAUAAUUGUUCUUAAAUAAGAUAAUUUUAUAUUUUAUUACAGAAUAUUUCAAAUGAAUGUACAAAUGUUAUAUGUAUUGAAUAUUUAUUUAUUUAUUCUAUAAUGGUUGAAUGUGGAUGAAUCCUACAUUUUAUAAUGUAAAGAACUAACAUCAAUGAUGUGCGAUCAACU